AUGGGUUUCCAAAAUCAAGACUUUACCGCAGUUCUCGAUGCCAAGUGCCGAGAAACCAUUGAGACCUCAUACCCUCUCUUUGUGAUACAUCACAACCAUGUCACCACCAUUCCCGAUGAGACAAUCUUCCACCUCUGCCGCUGCAUCUUCGCCUCGGCCCUGCAAAAGCUGCCCGUCCAGAACCAAGACGCAAUAGACUUCCUGUGCCUGCGCAAGAUGCUCUCGUCCAUCUUCGACGCAGACCACCGCGCCUUCGUGCUCGACGAGCCGGACCAGCGCAUCCUGGCGACCAUGGACGCGGACGCCAAGGCCUGCAUCUUCGCGCAGGCCAUCGCGGGCCUGGUCUACCUGCUGCGCAAGGUGGCCACCUGCAGCCACACGCUGUCGCCCGAGGUCUUCGACGCCAAGCUGCAGCGGUUCGCCGCCAGCGAGGAGCGCAAGGUCAUGCUCGACGCCAUCGAGAAGAGCCCCGUGUGGUCCAACUGCUUCGAGAAGGCCCACAUCGGCAACAUGAUCAUGGACGCCGUCAGCGGCAAGCCCGUCGCUGGGGCCGAGGUCGUGGCCGCACCCGAGAACAAGAAGCGCGGCACCGAGGUGUCCGUCGUGGAGGUCAGCGAGCAGGACCUCGUCACCAAGCAGUUGUGGGACGACGGCCCUCACAUGCAGAGGGAUUUCGGCGUGCCCGAUGUCUUCCAAAUUAUGGUUUUGAACUAG